AGUUGGCUCAAGGAAGGAAGAGCCAAAAAGGCUCCCAGUAGAAUAGCGCAAGAGUUCGCACAGGGAAGAAAUGCACAGCAAAAGGGACAAAUUAGACAUUGAAGACUCCGAAAGAAAAUAGAAAAAAGGCUUUGUAUGGCGCCUUGCUAACACCAGAGGUUAUUUGCUCCUUCAACGACCAAAGACGUGGCAAACAUGACCUUUAAAGGGCACUGGUGGGCGUCCCUACUUUGGGCGCUGGUGCGGCUUGCUGGAGGCCAAAUCGAUGGCCAAUGCAUCCAAGAAAGGAAAGCAAAGGAAGUGGAUUUCAGCUGCAGAAGUUUGAGCAGCGAAACCAGCAGCCCCCGGUUUGAAAUGAUCACCCCCAACUCUGGCAUGUUCAAGGAUAUGUUCGAGCUUCGUGUUUUGCUGCGGACGCAGAUCUCUCCAGCGACCAACUGCACAUCAGACCUAGUCGUUGAUACCAUCUUCGGAUACAGGACCAACUAUGUGUCUUUGCAUCGGCAUGCUCAUGCAGACGAGCAAGGCAAAUGCCCCCAAGAUCUUGAUGUGGACGACGUGCUCUUUUGUAUGAUGGGUGCCGAAGCCAACCCCAAUGUACGGAUCGCAUCGCUGGUCGCCACCAACUACGCUGCAACGGUGCAUAUGAACGCCAAGGUGCGGCCGAUGCCCAAACAACACAAGUAUCGAUUCCAUUUGCGCUAUGGUGGCGGACGUGGUCGAGAAGCAGUGCAUACCUUUCAAAUUCCAGACAUUUCCUCUAUCGAUUUGUGGCGUUUGAAGAUGACUGCUCAGCAUUCAAGCUCGAACCCCAAGGAUUUUCCCACCUCGCGGGUCUUCAUCUUCCCUGAAUCUUCACCCUGCAUUGCCAGUAUCAUCAACGAUGGGGGAUGUGUGGACGCCGUCUUGUUGCACACUUGCUUGAAGUCCGUCCAUGUCUCUUUCAGGAGCCCUGAUCCAGAAGAGAAUGUGAAAGUGGCUUUGCACUUAACCUUCCAAACGCACGCACAAUUGACUCUCAGCAGAGGUUCCAUUCCUGCAAUCCAAGCAGGCAACUGGGUGCUUUUUGCCACCUGUAUGAACUUCGACAACUGUCCCGCAACGACUCUCCAAGUUGAGGCAGUGAGAGAGUCCAAUCUUUGGUGGAAGUUGGCCGCAGGCGCUGGGAUUGUCAUCCUCGGAACCUUGAUCGCCUUGCUCUCGGUGAACGCCAUUUACGUUUUUGCUUAUUCGCUUCUGAACUGGUGCCACGAGCACCAUGACCGCCCUUCACACGAGAAAAACUUGUGGCCAGUGGUGAUUGGUAUGUGUGGCAGUGAGCAUUGGCAAAUGCUUUUGUGGAAACUCCAGGGAGUCAGACAACCGUUGCCGUUCUUCCCUACACUGCUCACGCUCAUGCUGGGGGUCUUUUUGGCAACGACGGCUCAGUUUGUGAUGACGCACUAUGGAUUGAUGACUCGGACAGGCAAUCGAGACAUUUGCUUCUACAAUGAGAUGUGUUACUACCCAGGGAAGUAUUUGGAUCUUCCAUGGAACCAUAUUUUCUCAAACUUUGCAUAUGUGGUCGCUGCUUUCAACAUUGUCUUACAAGCCUUUUUCGCAGAGACUCGUUGCUAUUUCUUCUCUCGACGAUCGAUACAGGCUUUGUUCAAUGACAUGGAUUUGAAAAGAAAAGGUUUUUUGACUCGUGACGAUUGGAGAGAACUCUUCCUGAAAGCUGAUCUUAGGGAGAAUAACAACAUUUCCAGGCAGGAGUGGGUCGACACCUACACCAAUGCCACGGGCUUUGAUUUCAUCGACGAAAACAACGAUGGUUUCUUGGAGCUUUGGGAAUGGGAGGCGGCUUUCCGCCGCAUUGACCAGGAUCAUCGGCAAUCAAUCAAGGAAGAUGACAUGGAGAAAUUGGUCAGGGACAUUGAUUUGAGGGCUUUCUAUGCCAUUGGGGUGGCUUUCUUGGGGGAAGGAGUUGGAAGUAUGUGCUAUCAUCUUUGCCCUUCAGUGGAAACAUUUCAGUUCGAUACGUGCUUCAUGAUUCCCAUUGCAAAUCUCUUUACCUUAGCCUUGGUGGACUGGGAGGAAGGCUCGGAUUCGAUCUCUGCUGUGAAGUACUUCGGCUACAUCUUGACACCCAUUUGGCUUGUGAACUUCAUCGGCACCUGGUAUGACAUCCAGGUGUUUCCCAUCGGAAUUCUCUACUGGAUCUACGCCUUUGGAGUCAUUGCCUGGUUCGCGAGCUUGGUCUUCGGAGGGAGCAUGAACCGGCUCUUUCCAGCGCCCGGCGCAUGUGGGCAUUUCGCCAAGACAAUGCUUCAACUGUGCCUCAUUAUCGCCAUUUCAGUCUCAUUCCUGAUACCUCAGUUGCGCGGACACAUCUUCAGUGGCACUGCAAACCUGUUCUUGAUGCUUUCAGUGCUGGUGAUGAUUUUCGUGGUGGGUCGGCAGCUUUACGUGAAAGACAUCGCUUACAUGAGCUGUUCCUUCCGGGAGGUCGGUGGGCGCCUCAUUAAGAACAGCUAUGCUGCCGUCCUGUGUGGCGUGGCCGUCAUGGCGGUGAUUUGCUUCGGGCAGAAGGUGGUGAUCGUGGAGCCGAACACCACACCCGCUCAAAGUCAUGAUGUGAACCAAGAAUGUGUCUUCGGAAUCUUCGAUUUACAUGAUGUAUGGCAUUUGUUAUCGGCCUUAGCCUUGUCACUCUUCGCAAUGCUUCUCCUAGAUGUGAGGGUCAACUCUUGGGCGCGGAGGCUUGGCAUCCGCAUUUUGUUUGAGGAUGCAAUCAGGUCUGAUAGCUCUGAUGAGGGCAAGGACAGCUCGGACGGGGAAGAACCCUGUUUCUAGGCCUUCCCGCCCUAGUUCACGGCAAAUGCUGACCUAUAAUGGCCAACGCUUGGAAAAAGGGGAAGCCGAUGCCAUGCGAGGUCCCUGUGACACCGAA